AUGUACGGACACGCCCUUUUUUUGGCGGUGUUUCUCAUGGGCAUGCAGCAACUCAGCGGAUUUGAUGGUGUACUCUAUUAUGCCCCAUUGCUUUUUGAGAAAGCAGGCCUAGCUUCCUCAGAUGCUAGCUUCUUUGCCUCUGGUGUUUCUGCAAUAGUUAUCAUCGCCGUAACCAUUCCGGCGCUCAUAUGGGCGGACAGGUGGGGCCGACGACGCAGCAGUAUCUACGGUGGCAUCGGCCUCGCCGUCACAAUGUUCUUGAUAGGGGGCCUCUACGCAGGGAAUGCCGUAUACAACUCAACUGGUGCAGGUCGGUGGGUGGUCAUUGUCUGCAUCUAUAUUUUUGCAGUCAUAUACUCUCUCAGCCGGGCAGUUGGCAUUGCGAUCUAUGCAGCAGAGAUACAACCACAAAGGACCUGUGCAUCGGCUACUAGCCUGGCACAUGGCAUCAACUGGACCGCCAGCUUUCUGGUCGCACUGACGACACCCAUUUUACUGUCAAAGUGCAGCUUUGGUGCAUACUUUCUCUUUGGAGGAUGCACCCUAAUUACGGCAUUCAUCUGCGCCCUCUUCAUGCCCGAAACAAAAGAACAAUCCUUGGACGAGAUUGAGGAGGCAUUCAGAUCUAAAUCGCUGUCCAAAACACUGUUGAAGGCCUUCGGACCUAUUACCCAGACAGCCCAGGGAUAA